AUGCCUAUAAUCAGAGUUAAUGAUAAAGAAAAAUUAAAACUGUUGAAAGUGAUAGAUUCACGUAAAACGUUAUCAUGUGCGUUCAGAACCUGGGAUCUAUGUGAAUAUCCUGUACUACCUAGAAAUACUUCACAUUCAUGGACGAUAAAGUCUAGCAGCUUGCUUGAAAAACCUAGAUUUAUUUUGUUUGGAUUACAAACAGAUAGAAAAAAAAAUAUAGAAAACGACGCUGGGCGCUUUGACCACUGCCAACUAAAAAAUCUUAAGGUACACUUAAAUUCUGAAGUGUUUCCAUAUGAAGAUUUUCGUGCUGAUUUUAAAAAUAAUACCAUCAGCUCACUGUAUAAAGCCUAUACAGACUUUCAAAAAUUGUAUUACGAGAGAGAUUAUUCUGAACCAUUGUUAUCAAAAAAUGUUUUUCAAACAUAUGUUCCAAUCGUCGUUGUCGAUUUAUCGCAUCAGAAUGAUAAAGUAAAAGCAUCGACCAUAGACCUACGAGUAGAAUUUGAAACGGAUACGGUUAUUCUUGAGAAAACUGCAGCUUAUUGUUUAAUUUUACAUGAUCAGAUUAUAACUUAUAACCCGUUUAGCGGUGAUGUUAGAAAACUGUAA